UUUGCUCUUAGCUCGUAAGCUAUCAGUGUUAGGUUUAAUACGUUUAGCUUUCUCUCUCGCAGAAACUUUGGAUGCUCAGAGUGUCAGGAACUGACUCCACAGCUCCAUGUCUGCGGAGGCUUCAGUUGGCAGUCAUGCUGCCGACUCUACUGAUCCCCAGCCCAUGUGCCACAACACAGACGGGCCCCGAAAUCCAAAUAUGUUGGGGAGCAAGUACGUCAAGUUAAAUGUGGGCGGCUCACUGCAUUAUACAACCGUCCAGACGUUAAGCAAAGAAGAUAGUCUGCUGCGAAACAUCUGCACUGGAGGGACAGAUGUCACCGUAGACUCCGAAGGUUGGGUGGUUUUGGAUCGGUGCGGCCGGCACUUUGAACUGGUUCUGAACUUUCUGCGAGAUGGUUUGGUACCGCUUCCUGAGGAUUCCAGAGAACUAGAUGAAGUCCUGAAAGAGGCCCAGUUCUAUCGCGUACAGGGACUUGUGCAGCACUGCCUCAGUGCCAUGCAGAAACAAAAGGAUGUCCUAGAGAGUGUGUGCCGCAUCCCCAUGAUCACUUCAGCCAAAGAAGAGCAGAGGAUGAUUGCUACAUGUAGGAAGCCUGUAGUAAAGCUGCAAAACAACAGAGGAAACAAUAAAUACUCUUAUACAAGCAACUCGGAUGACAACCUGCUGAAGAACAUCGAGCUGUUUGACAAACUCGUGCUUCGAUUCAACGGCCGUGUGCUGUUUGUCAAAGACGUGCUCGGGGACGAGAUCUGCUGCUGGUCUUUCUACGGUGAAGGCCGCAAGAUUGCAGAAGUGUGUUGCACUUCCAUCGUCUAUGCCACGGAAAAAAAGCAGACGAAAGUUGAGUUUCCCGAGGCGCGGAUAUUUGAAGAAACGCUCAACAUCCUGAUCUAUGAGGACAACAGGAAGUCAGGUCCAGGAGGGCUACAUCUUUUAGAUUCAUCACUGGGAGCCGGUCACUCGGAGGAGGAGGGCGCCACGGGAGGGGACAGACGGGUGAGACGGAUCCACGUCAGGAGGCACAUAAUGCAUGAUGAGAGAGGACACGGUCAGCAAACUGUGUACAAGGACUAACUCUGUGAAAAUAAUCAUAAAGCAUGGGAGAGUGGUUGAUUUAGCUAUUUUAGUUCUUUUGAACGCUCGCAGAAUGAAAGAUGUCCUUCAGAGCAAUAGCUUGGUCUUUUUCUAUAUUGUCUUUAAGCACACGUCGAAAUCUGAGGGUUGACUGAUCUCGUGACUGAAGUUAGAGAAAAUGUUUACAAGAAAACAAGUUGUGUACGUUCUUUGGA